CAAUUACAUGACACUACUUUACUUUGGCCAAUGGAAAUGGGGUUAGACAGAAAGGGUUGGGAAAAUGAGGUGGUGGAGAUCGUGAGGUUUUUUUGUAUAUUAGGCUAAAAAUAAUAAGAGCAAGGUCGAAGAUUAUGAGAAGGAUUAGGUGUCGUGUGAGCUUAUAUCCUGAGGAAGAUGCUUCCAUGGAUUUUCCUACAUAAUUUCUAAAUCUUAGGUGUGAAGUAAAAAAAUCUGUCUCGAAAUAUCAUAGAAGUGUGUGAAGUUAUGUAGUAAUAAAAUAUAUGUUUUCGUUUGAUUACUUCUUUCAAUCUUUUGUGGCUUUUUGAACAAGUAAAUGAUGUGGGCUUUUUGGGGGCCUCUUUUGGGGCCAUCACCGAAUCUUCCACAGUCAAACCACGUUGGUCAACCGAACUGAAGGCCGUAUCCCUGUUACCCCUCUCUCUCUCACCUUCUUCAGCAUUUUCAAGGGAAGAACUUAACAGUACCCGUUAUUCGUGAGUGGACCAAGCCAACAAGUUUGACUUGACUAGAUGAUGCGGCCCAGAAGAAGAUACGGCAAGGACUAUAAGCAUUUGCAGAAAAGCAUUCUAAAAGCAUCUUUAGUUCGUCAAUCCUUUUGAGCAACAGAAGAGCAUCUUUCGUUUCAACUUUCCCUCUCAGAUUGCCAUGGACAAAGGACAGAAGAGUGCAGAGAAAGAGAGCACUAAGAGAGCAUCCACUUCUUCGUUCAUCUCUCCGGUACUCACAGAUGUAGGUAGUAGUCAAUAUGACGUGUUCUUGAGCUUUAGAGGUUCGGAUACCUGCAAGGCAUUCACUGAUCACCUCUAUCAUAGUCUGGUCAAGGCAGGGAUUGUACCGGUUUGUGUGUUCAGGGACGAUAACAGCAUUUCAAUUGGCGAGGAAUUUGGUUCACAGAUUCUCUAUGUCAUCGCAAGGUCUAAGAUUUCGAUCCCCAUCAUCUCGGAAAAUUAUGCUUCGAGCAAAUGGUGCCUCCACGAGCUCAUUCAUAUCAUGGACCACAAGAAGAGCACUUCACACAUGGUCUUGCCCAUCUUUUACAAAGUGGACCCAUCGGAUGUGCGGUAUCAGAAAGGAAGUUUUGGGGAGGCCUUCCAUUCACGUAAGAAGCAUUUUGAUGAGAAGGAUAUUCAGGAAGGGCGGCAAGCACUUAGAGCAGUGAGUGACUUACAUGGAUGGGAAUCCGAGAAAGUUGCUAACGGGGAUAAAGAAGAAUUAGUGGAAAAAGUUGUCGAAAAUAUUCUGAGCAAGAUGCGACAAGAUUUUCAGGUUGAUGUUACUAAGCACUUAGUUGGAAUUUGGGAUCAUGUGAACAAAAUCAGGAAUUGGGUUGACACUCCUACCAGUGUUGCUCGAAUGAUUGGAAUCUAUGGCAUGGGUGGGAUUGGAAAAACGACUCUUGCCAAGGUAAUCUACACUCAGUUGUCGAAUGACUUUGUGCAUCGUAGCUUCCUUGCUGAUAUUCGAGAAAUUGCUCACCGCAACAAUAUUCCUUCUCUACAAAAACAACUAAUUAAGGACGUACUGCAAAUUGAAUGUCAAGUGGGGGAUGUUGAUGAUGGAAUUGAUAUAAUCAAAUCUAGAUUCAAAGGAAAAAAGGUUCUCAUUCUUCUAGAUGAUAUAGAUGACAAGAAUCAACUAGAUGCGUUGGCUGGGGACCGUAAUUGGUUUAUGCCAGGAAGUAUGAUCAUUGUUACAACUAGAAAUGAAGCUGUUCUUCAUCAGUCUAAAUUCGAGGUUGACUACAAGUAUGAAUUGUAUGGAUUGGAUAAGGUGCAAGCUUUGCUUUUGUUUAACAAACAUGCAUUUCGCAUGGACCAUUCUCCAAGGGACUUUGAGGGUAUAUCUCAUGAUAUCAUAUCCACCAUGGGUGGGCUUCCCUUGGCACUUCAGUGUGUAGGUUCAUUCUUGUAUAAAAAAACAAAUCGAAAAGUAUGGGAAGAUGUGCGGAAGCAAUUAAAAAACCAACCACAUGGUGAUGUCAAAAAGAUAUUGCAAAUAAGUUAUGAUGCAUUAGAAGAUGAACAUAAGCAGAUUUUUCUCGAUAUUGCUUGUUUCUUUAUUGGUGAAAAGAGCAAAUUCGCCAUGUACAUGUGGGAGGAUUGUGGGUUUCAUCCAAGUCAAGGAAUUGAAGAGUUGAAGUCAAGGUGCUUAAUUAAAAUUGGAGAUGAUGGUACGUUUAAAAUGCAUGAUCAACUAAGAGAUUUUGGAAGGAGCAUAGUUUGCCAAGAAAGAUUGCCAGAGAGACGUAGCAGAUUAUGGGAUGACGAGGAAGCCUCUGGAGUUCUAAUGGGAGGAAAGGUAACAUAUGGCCCUCCUUCUUUUUUCCCUCUCCCUCGUAUUUUCCUUUACUUAAUCAGAUCUAUUCUAGUCUUUUAUCUGUGGUUUGGCAUUGAACUCGAUAUGCCUUUUUCGACAAAGAAUUUGCAUCUACCGAAUUUAGUGGUGAUGCAGUUGUCAAACAGCGAGAUCACAGAACUUUGGGGAGGAUGGAGUUCAAUCAUGUUGGCAAAGCGGCUGAAAGUUCUUGACCUUACAUGUUGCAAAUAUUUAAGCCGUACUCCUAAUCUCUCGGCUUUCACAAAGUUGGAGAUACUCAUCUUGAAACAUUGUGAUGGACUGGAGCAAGUCGACCCUUCUAUUGGUGAAGUCAAGAGCCUCAUUUUCUUGGACUUGAGUGACUGUGGCAGUCUCAAGGAGCUACCAGGAGAAGUGGGCGAAUUAGUGAAACUAAAAGAACUUAUUUUAGAUUCUACCGGUAUUAUUGAGAUUCCUACAUCGAUUGGUUCUUUGAGGAAGUUGGAGAAACUGAGUGCCCACUUUUGUCGGUCAUUGAGAGAAAUCCCAAACUCAAUUGGGGAUUUACAGAAUUUGCAAGAUCUGGACAUUAGUCAUUCUGCGAUUGAAAAAUUACCUGGUGCUAUUGGAAGGUUGAAAAAACUGCAGAGGCUAAGUCUCAAAUUCUGCUAUAGACUGAAAGGGGAAAUUCUAAGUGAAAUUGGUGACUUGUAUUCACUCGAGAUACUUGAUAUCACUAGCACACGGAUAUUUAACCUGCCAAAAAGCAUCCGUAAUCUUUCUUCUCUCCAACACCUUAGUCUAUGGGGCUGUUACGAGCUCCGGUUGCUGCCAGAGCUUCCUUCCGGCUUAACAAAUUUGUCAGUCUCUUGUCAGAGUCCCACAUUGUCACAGCUUUCUUGCCUAAUCCACCUAGAAGAACUUGAUCUUUAUAAAUGCACUCUACUUGAAUACAUCCCGGAGCUUCCCUCAAGACUCUUGAAACUUUGUGUUGCCUCCUGUCAUAAGCUGAUAUUGCCAAAGUUUGAAGCAUUCAAGUACUUGGAAGAGUUGUCAAUAAAAAACUGCAGUUCCAUUAAAGGUUUGGACCUUUCAAUAUUAAGUUGUCUGAAACGGUUACAUGCCGAGGAUUGCUAUAAUCUAGUUGAAAUUCAGAGCCAUGAUAAUUUGGAGUUCUUGGAGGAGAUAGUUAUAGAUUGCUGCAAGUCCAUUGAAAGGCUGAUCCUUCCGGAAUUACAGUGUUUGAAGCAAUUAAAGGCUAACUAUUGCGACAAUCUAGAAAAAAUCCAAGGUCUUGGUAAGGCGGAGUUCUUAGAGGUGUUGGAUAUCUCUGAUUGUGAGUCCAUUAAAAGACUACCUGACCUAUCAUGCUUCGUGACCCUGAAAGAGUUGAACAUCAAUGGCUGUUGCAAUCUACGUGGUGUUGAGAGCCUCGAGAGAUUCUUGUUUUGCCGAAGCAUAUACAUCACGGGAUGCCAAUCCCUAGAAAAACUACCAAACCUGUCGAAAUUUGAAAAUUUAGAGAAUUUCACAAUGAGAUAUUCGCUUGGUGUUACGGAGAUUCCUGGGGUUGAGGAAUCAAGAUCUCUAACACACAUAGAUAUUACAGGAUGCAAAUCAAUGGAAAUUUUACCAGAUUUGUCGAGAUGUGAUAAGUUACAAUCUCUAGUGGUACGAGACUGCAAGAAACUGGCUCAGCUUCGGGGACUUGAAAAGUUGGAUUUAAUUUAUUUGGAUAUUUCUGGGUGCAAUUCCUUGGAAACAAUACCAAAAUUACCAGAAACAUGCGUCUUUAGAAAUUAUGAAAGAGCGCAAGAUGAAGUUCCUGAUGGAAAUAUUAUACUGCAGUGAUAAUGAUGUGAUGAACCGUAUAUCCAUAUUACAAGAGUGAGAUGAGUCAUGUUUCCUUAACAGAGGUAAAUUACCAGUAAACUAUCAUUUUUCUUCUGAGAUUCAUGAUCCGCUUUUCA